AAUGAAAAGCAAGCGUAUGACUUGCAAGCUCAAGUACAAAAUAGCAAAAAAGGUGAAAGAGCAUAACAGAAAAACAAAGAGGGAUGUUCAAAAGAAAGGACCCCAACGGCCCAAGAAAGAUCCUGGUAUUCCUAACUUGGCACCAUUCAAAGAAGCUAUCUUGAAAGAAGCCGAAGAUAGAAAAUACAAGGCAAAGGAGCUGAAAAAGAAACAAAAAGAAGAAAGACAUAAGGAGUUCUUGAAGAAUCGUAAAUUAAGUCAACUACAGAAGGAUGCAGAACGGAGGCAAAAGUUGUUUGAAAAGAAGGGAGGCAAGACAAAGGAAGGAGGAGCUACUGCCCAAGAUGUGGAGAGCUCUCGCAAGGCAUACUAUAAAGAGUUCAAGAAAGUUUUAGAGGCUUCUGAUGUGGUGAUUGAGGUAUUAGAUGCCAGGGAUCCUAUCGGCUCUAGGUGUAUCCAGCUGGAGAAGGCUGUAUUGGCAUCAGGAACCAACAAGAAACUUGUCCUCCUACUUAACAAAGUUGAUCUUGUUCCAAGGGAGAUCACAGAGAAAUGGCUGAAGCAUCUAAGGAAUGAGUUUCCUGCAGUAGCCUUCAAAGCAACCACACAAACACAGAGAUCGAACUUGUCACAGUCCAAAGUACCAGUUUCAUUGUCAUCAUCAGAACUUCUUCAGACAAGUCACUGUCUAGGAGCUGAUUCACUUAUCAAGCUUCUCAGUAACUACUGCAGGAAUGUAGACAUCAAAACAUCUAUUACUGUAGGAAUAGUUGGUUUUCCCAAUGUUGGAAAGAGCAGUAUAAUCAACAGUCUAAAGAGAAAUAAAGUAUGCACUGUAGGAGCCAUGCCAGGAGUCACAAAAGCGAAACAAGAGGUCCAGCUAGCUAAAAACAUCAAACUUCUAGACUGCCCCGGUGUUGUCAUGGCAACAGGCAAUAGUGAAGCUGCCAUGGUCUUAAGAAAUUGUGUGAAGCUUGAAACAGUAUCAGAUCCAGUAGUACCAGUGGAAGCCAUUCUAAAGAGAUGUACCAAACAAUCCCUCAUGCUUCAUUAUAACAUCCCAAACUUCAGCAAUGUCAAUGAUUUUCUUUCAUUACUGGCAAGGCGGUAUGGAAAACUGAAGAAAGGGGGUGUAGUAGAUGUUGAAAGUGCAGCUAAGAUUAUCUUACAAGACUGGAACAUUGGUAAGAUAACAUACUUCACCCACCCACCAGAACAGCAUAGCCUACCAAGUCAUGUAGAUGCUUCCAUAGUUACACAAUUAGGACAAGAAUUCGAUGUAGCUUCAUUACAAAAGGAAGAUGAGAAGGUCCUCAAAGGGUUAAGACGUGAACCUACAGCUACAGGGAUGGAAAUAGAGACCAUUGGACACUUAGAAGGAGUCAUUGAAGAUGAUCAAUUGGAUGCCGAUGAUGAAAUUGAACAUGAGAUGGAUGAAGAAGAAGAGGAUGAUGAAGAAGAAGAAGAAGAAAGUGAUGAAAUGGAAGAUGAUGAAGAAGAGGAAGGAGAAGAGCUGAAUGAAGUAACUGUCAAUGUACCAACAUCCAAAGCUAAAGAUGCAAAGAGCAAAAGAGAAAAACUGGAGAAGCUGAAGAAGAAAAGAUCAAGCAAAGUAGAAUCCAACUCACCCAUUGGUAACCAACAGCUCAACAAGGCAUCCAAGCUAGCUUUUAAGAAAAUGCUGAAAAAGAGAAAAAGAUCUGAUAAAUUGGCCACUGCUCUUUCUGAUGAGCUCACCCAGGCUUUUGACUUUUUUCAGUCAGGGCGAGGAGAUAGUGAUGAUGAUGAUAACUACAGCUUUAAAAAAGACUUUUUCCGAUAAUUACAUGAAUAAAUACUCAAAAUGGCAGGGAAGAUUUUUAUUCUUAUCUGCUUUUAAGUUGAAAACUUCUUCAUGAACUCUGAAAAUGUGGUCAUAAAAUAAAGUAGGAUAUAUAUAUAUAUACAUGAAUAUAUAUAUGUGCCAUAUAAAUGAUCCAUAAUUUGCUGGAAAACCAUAAAAGAAGAAUUCAUGUGCUUGUUCUACAAGGUCUUCAGCCUUUAUAGCUUACCUUUUCUGAAACCACUCUUUUUAACAAUAGCUUGUUCAUGGGAGCAUACCACAAAUGCCUUAAAUGCUAAUAAUGGAUCAAGGAGUUAUAUCAUGGAUGGUGAAUUAAAGACAAGAAGUGCAAUCAUUUGUUUCCCCUGCUAUGGUCAAUCACUAUCACCAGUACUCAUUUAUCAAAUCUUGUCAAAACUACACAUGAAAAACUGAAAAGUAACUGUUAACAAGUCAAACCUAAUCACAUACGCAUUUAUGAAAAUUGUCUUUUGAAUCAUUUCUAAAAGUAAAUCACCAUAAUUUUAUGUUUGGCUACAUUACCUUUGAAAGUAACCUAGUAGCCUAAGUAUGCACAUGGCAAAGAGUCAAGAAAUCUAUAUUGAGUCUUACAUAAACAUGUACAUGAAGAGGAGUGUCAAACUGUCAAUGUUGAGAUAAUCUCAUGAUGAAUAAACUGAGUCGAGAUGUUGACUUUUCCAAAUUUCCUUUGAAUUUUUUCUAAAUUAUACAUUGACCUGAAAGAGGUAAUACAUUUACCAAAAGGACAGAGAAAUAAUUUUGGUAUGUGUGACCCUCAUUUUACUCCAUUUAUAUUUCACUUCAUGAUCUACUUGAGACAUCAUAAUUUGGGGGGAUUAUCACUUUUUAAAGAAGCACACAGUGGAGAUGAAUCAUUUCAAGAAAAUAGGGAGUCAGAUUUACAUUAUACUGAAUUGCUUUAUUUUAAUGACCAAGUUCCAUGGUAUGAAAGUUAUCCUGAGGUGUUCAACAUCAUAUGCUGUGUUCUGCAUUGGAUAUGGCUUGUACAGCAAUACAAGAAGAAUAAGAACCUAUGAUAUAAAAAGAUACCUAUGUCAGAUGAACUAUGUGGGCAUUCAUGAUGUGUAACUGAAAGAAUUAUUAUAUAUUGUAUAUAUAUCCAAAACAAUGCCAUGUCUUAACCCUAAUUCUCCCGGGGGGGGGGGGGGGUGGGGGCAUAAUGGCCCCCCCUCGACAAUUUUCGCGAUAUUUCUGCUUCGCAAAAUUUUUUGACCUCGCCGCUCACUGACUUUUUACUUUCAAGUCUCGCGCAAAUUUUGAGAACAAAUUUGUGACGCCCGGGGACGCAGUUACGACAUUACGCAACAUUAUGUAAGUGCAUGUCAGACCCCAAAUUGCUCAUAAACGUGAUUUCAUGUACAAAUCCAAUGCAGAUUGUGUAUUAGCCAAAAUUCAUAAAUGUAUCUUUAUUUCUACUUUUACUGAUUAAACUUAAUUAAUUUUGUCUUGUUUAUGAACAGAAUUAAGUCUGGAACGAUUUCCAUCGAAAAAACAAUAAAAAAACAAAAGGUAAAAAACAAAGAAAUACAAAAGAAAUUAAGAAAACAAUGAAAUACACAAGAAAUCGGUCUUGGUACCAGAAUUUUUUUCAUUCACAAUUGUUAGAAAUGCUAUAAAGAAUAUUUUCACCAAAAAAUAGCAUUGUAGGAGCUUUAUUUAGUGAAUCAGAGCAAAAAGUAUGAUUUCAUGAAUAAAUUAGCAUUAUUAAUUCAUAUAAAAUAAAAAUAUAUGAAUUCAGUGAAAUUUACCAAUGCAACUGCGUAGAUUACGUCAUUCUCUACCAUCAUGCAAAUUUUCGUUGUGAUCGCGCAAUCCGCGGCUGAGAUCUUAAGGGGGGGCUAUAAUGGCCCCCCCCCCCUGGGAAUGACAAGAAUCAAAAUACCCCGGGAGAUUUAGGGUUAAAUAAGUGUGGUAUAAUUUUUUAUUUAAAUGAAGCACAACUUGAUUGCCAUCAAAGUUAUGAAUACAAAUGUGUAUUUAAUAACAAAACCUCUCAGCUUAAAAUUGAUAUGAAUUAAUCGCUACCCCCAAAUUGUAAGAUAAAUUAUAGACAUUUCCUUUGAGUUAUUAUGGGCAACAGUAUGAUUUUUAUGCUUCAUAGUUUUAUAAUCAUGAAAACAACCUUUUGACAAUUAAAUGUAUGUAUCGGUUAAUCUAAGUUGCUUAGGUUCAUCUGAUAUAAAUGUUAUAUUCAAAGUUGUUUCGAAUGAAAAAUAAGUGAUCUAAUUUUGAGAUAUUCUUGUAUCACCAUAGUAUGGACUCAUAAUCACUCUUAAGUAUAAACAAAAUCCUGCACAAUUGUGAUCAGUUAAAGGCUGUUUUAAGUUUAGGUAAAUCUAAAAAUUACUCACUUUCAAAGUUUUUAAUCAUUGUCAUUUAAAGUAAAAGAGUAUCAUAAAAUACAUGUUAUGUGAGAGCAUGGAGGUAAAAAAGGAAGGAGCACCAUCUCGCUUAUUUCAUUUAAAGCCAUGUUUUAUGCUGCAUGGAUAGAAUAUGUCAGGCAUGUGUUUCAUUGGCUUUUUCUUGCACAUUAUAGACAAGAGUCCUAAUUAACUACAGACUUACUGGCUAGAUACAAUAGGAAAUAUGCUUUUGUAAUGAUAGUUAAUUUUCGCUGCCUCUGGUCGGAUAUUAUGAGUAGACAUGUUGCUAACUUUUAUGGGGAAAAGCAAAAAUAAAUGUUGCAAUUAUUACUGAAAUAUGAUUUGAAAUUACUCGACUGGGCGCAUGCGGGCGCAACUGUGACACAUAACAUCUCAAAUUGGUGUAUUUCCUGAAACUAAUUUAAACUUUUUUAUGAGGAAGUGUGUGGAAAUUUUUUUAAAUGUUCAUUUAAAAAUUGUCAAGUUCUGAGGUUUUCUCACAUUUUGAGAAUGUCAUGCAAUAUUUUGCCCAUUUUCAUGACACAAGGCUUUUGAGAUAUAUUUCAUCAUGUGUUUAAUAUCCACAUUUUGUGAUGAAAUAAAAAUAAAAAAUAUUCGUGAUAAUCGAUUUUUUAACACAAAUCACUUCAGUUUUUCCAUGAAACUGGUGGCAUCACAAGUCUCCAUCAAAGGCUACAGUGUACCUGUGUAUUCUUUGAUACUUCUUUAGAAAUCAAAAGCUACAUGAAUCAAUUUGCAUUUCAAUGUCACUCCAUCCUUUAACCUCCAUGGUGAGAGAUUCAGGUUAAAAUCCCAUAUUGCAGGUACGAUUUAUAAUUGAAUUGUCAAAAAAAAAGUCACAGGUAUUGGAUUUUGAUUUAUUUUUGUACAUAAAAAUCACUUCUCAAGCAUAGAAUGAGACAAAAAAAAAUCAGGAUGAAACUUAGAUAUCUUUCUCACCAGAAUGGAUCCCCCCCUUUUUUUGGGGGGGGGGGUCAUAUGCUAGAGCUCUUUGAGGUAUACCAAACUUCUACACAGAAUUGUCAAAAAAUGGUUUAUUAAGAUGUGCGUGCAGUGAAGAAAAUUAACAGUGACCAAGAGUUUUCGAUCAGACCGCAGGUCCCUAUGCUAAUUAGCAAAUUGGCCAGAUUCAUCCAAAAUUCCAAAUCCUCUCGUGGCUGAAUCCUCCCUGUUAAAUCUCGAGAAUCAUGAGAUUUUCUUUAUCUAAGAAUUUACCUACUUUAUCCUCAAGUUAAAUUAAAUAUCUUUGCACAACUUGA